AUGCGGACUAGUCCUAGUAAGGUGUUGUUUCAAGAAGAUAAAGGAGCUUCAUCGAGUGAUGAUGAUGAUAAACAUAAUGUUAAGAAAAAGAUGACAUUGAAGGAGACAGUGAACUUUCGAUGUUUUUCUGAUGCUGAGGAAGUUGAAAGAGAUGAUUUAUUUGUUCUGGAUACUGAUGGUACUAGUAAUAUCAACACGAAUAUUGUCAAGAAACCGUUCUUUGCAACAAGAUGCGAUACAGAAAAUAAUAAAACAUCGGUAACCGAUUCAAUUUUGGAUGAGACAACGAAAGAGUUGCUAUCAAAAAGCAUAAUAAAACCCGGCUUUGAAAAAUAUCUCGGUGAGGGACAUGUGUCUUGGCGAUUAUUAAAGAGACAAAGAAAGAUGGAUCGAGAGCGCACGAAGGGUGAUGCUUGGUAUAACCUCCCAGCAGGUGAAAUGACUGAGGAAAGGAAACGUGAUCUAGAAAUUAUUCAGAUGAGAGGUUCUCUAGAUUCGAAAGCUCAUUACAGGAAGAAUGAUCGCUCCGUGUUACCAAAAUAUUUUGAGGUUGGUACUGUUGUUGAGACAAAAGCAGAUUUCUAUUCGUCACGUGUGCCAAAGAAGCAGCGUAAAAGGACAAUUGUUGAAGAACUUCUGGCGGAUGCGGAUUUGCAGACCAAGCAACGCCAAAAAUACCAGGAAAUAAAGGCUCGAGAAGCGAUAACAAAGCGUGGAGCUUUUCGGCAUUCAUCAUAUCCAAAGAAAAAAAAUUUUAAACAAAAUGUCAGAGUUUAG